AAACCAAACCAAAGCGUCUCGAUCGUUGCCUGGAGAAACAAAUGUCGCUCGGUCGGUAACGCGGAGCAGCCUAAUUCGACGAGACGUUUCACCGACGUUUGCGAUUUUCAGUUGACGUUCGACAGCUUCACCCUGGGGAAAUUCGUGUCGUUCACGGCGGAGGGAUGCCCGGACGGUUCGCUGCAGAUUUCGGAGGCCCAACGGCCGGACGUCGGUGGCCUCUGGUGCGGGACGUCCUGGGGACCGGCGAUUUACUACAGCGAGACCCAGACCGUCUCCAUCACUUUGAAGCUGCUCAGGCUCAGCAAGGAUCAAACGGGAUUCAAUUUCGACUUCAGGAUGGUGUACAAAAUGAUCAGGAAGUCGGACGCCGUGGCGCGCUACGGGAACCCGUUCGUCGGGAUAACGCAAGCGACAGGGACGCCAACGUCGACGGAGGCGAGCCUGUCGACGUCCUCGGGGGACUACGCCAACAGCUCGAUGGCGAUGCCGGUGCAAAUGGUCGAGCAACCGUCGACCACGACGAAGCCAAGUGCCGAGCAGUACCUCGGCGACCUGAUAUCCGGCACCUAUUGCUCGCGUAUAUUCAGCGACUGUGACCGGAAGAAGUGCAGGCUGCAGUCGCCCAACUUCCCCGGAUUGUAUCCGCGCAAUCUCACCUGCUACUACGCGGUGAGACAGCACGACGUGCCGCCGGGGAAACACGCCUUAAUUUCCGUGAGACAGCCCCGAGGUCAACUGGUGGCGAUAAGGGCGAGGCCGGCCACUCAGGCGGAAUCGUCGCCGCGCGAGCUUCGCCUCUGGAAAGAUUGCGACGUGGUUCAGAUAAAAAGUAACAGUGUCAGAAAUAAAAAGGAUUCGUGCCCGCAGGACUACGUGACGGUGUACGAUGGUUACACGACCCGGGACCCGGUGAUCCUGAAAUUCUGCGGCGGCGGAGAACCGGUGCCGGAAGCCACGAGCAGCGGGACCGAGAUCCUAGUCGAGUUCACCACGUCUCCUUACGGCACGUUCCUUCACCCAACGCCGCCACACUCGCUCCACGGCUUUCAAUUAGAAGUGCAAGUGAAAUUCGUGGACGCGGACUCGCCGACGUACGCGAAGAACAAGCACUGCGAGUUCUGGCUGCAGGGCAGCGGUGGCGGAGUGUUGGCGUCGCCCCGUCAUUCCUUGCCACGUAACAGCACGUGCCUGUACCAUCUACGAGGCGCUGGGCCAGCUCUUCCGAGUCCGACACCGCCGCGCCCUCUGCCCAAGUUCCCGGAACAGCGACCGGGCACCGUGUGGAGGAGACCAGCGCCGCGGCCAUCACAGCCGCAGUUCCGCGUCUGGUUGUCGAUCCUCAAGUUCCACGUGGGCACCAGCUUGUCGAGCGGCGACGAAGACUGCUCCACCACGCUGAUGGAGCAUCAACGCCACGGUGACAGAUCGGCGGAGCCGUCACACCCCCAGGCAGCACGUCCCGCUGGGAACACCACUCUGCUGGCCCGCUACUGCAAGGACAAAGUGCCAAGAACCUGCGACCACGCAAUCCUCCAGAACACUAGUCGUCCCUGCUCGCUCGGCGAGAGCUUCGUGUCCAGCGGAAGCAGCCUGACCAUCGAGAUGCGGAUGGUCGAGUCGACGGCUCUCAGGCGAGUGCCGGUGAAUUUCCGCGCGCUGUACGAGUUCGUGGAUCUGCACCAGGACGGCGACCCUUACGGCAGCGGGCCGUGCUCGAGGAUAUUCUACAGCCGUAAUCGGGAUCAUUAUGCCGAUCGUAGGUUCCAGGCGCCGCGCGACAUUUUCCUUUACGGCCGCGGCGGCGCGAAGAAUAUCAGAUUCGAGGGCGAGCACGACGAGAUCGUGAGGCUGCGGUUCAACAAGCUGUUAAACGGAAACCGGACGUGCCGCAGCGUCUCCAGCAAGGACUUUAACCGCCAGCUCUGUGUCGGAUCGGAGAAUUUCUCCGUGAAGUCACGAGCACAAGCGGGUUGUGGCGGCUGGUGUCCACAGGUGCUCGAUGUCCCGUGGCCGAACGCGCCGACUGUUCAACGGGACUGCCUGUGCUCCAACCGGUCCCUGCCGAUCAACGUCAAGUCCACCUCGAAUAUAGUCGAGGUACACUUCACCGUCAAGUCCAUGGACGCGUUGGACGACUACAACAACCUGUUCUUCGAGGGGACGUGGGACUUCGUCAAGACCAGCCCGUGCUUGCAAAAGCGAAGGGUUAGGGGACCGUCCGGCGAGAUCUGGUACAAGGCUCCCAUCAUCGACGAGGAUGAGGUGAGACAUGUUUUUCACACCUGUUGA